AGGACAGGUGUGUGUCCCUCCGUCCGUCCCUCCGUGGUCGUGUCUUGUACAAGCUCCUUCAGUCAGCUGCGGAGUCACCAUGAAGCUCAGGACAAUUGACCGCCACCACCCAACAACAACUGUAGCGAGUUAAAGCCUGCGGCUCGGGUGGUCUGUGACUCGAAGCUAGCCUCGGUGAGUCCGUGAACGCCGCUCCGAGGAGGAGCGUCUCCGUCAGGUUUAUAUUGAAGCGCUGGAGGACGCAGCGGCUCACAGAGGGACAGAGACAGUGAGACAGAGAAGAGUCAACAUGUUUGACACCAAAGGAAUCCCCUUUGUCCUGCUGGAUGUGGUCUGCGUGGCUCUGGGAGCUCUGCCUCUGGCAGCCUAUAACCUGGGUAAGGUCCGCCCUUACCAAAGGGGCUUUUUCUGUAAUGACGACUCCAUCAACUACCCCUUCCACCAAGGCACAAUCUCCUCCACCGUGCUCUACGGCGUGGGCUUAACCCUGCCUAUUGUCUCCAUGGCCAUUGGGGAGUGCCUUUUAGUUUAUCACAGCCGUCUCAAAUCCAAGUCGGGUUUCGGCAGCUACGUCGCCUGCGUUUACAAAGCCGUCGGUACCUUUAUCUUCGGUGCGGCGAUGAGCCAGUCCCUGACGGACAUCGCCAAGUAUUCAAUCGGCCGCCUCAGGCCACACUUCCUGUAUGUGUGCCAGCCUGACUGGAGACUCAUCAACUGCUCAUCGGGGGCGUAUAUUGAAAACUUCACGUGCAACGGAAAUCCAAAAAUGGUCAACGAGGGCAGGCUGUCCUUCUACUCGGGCCACUCGUCUUUCUCCAUGUACUGCAUGCUGUUCCUCGCUCUCUACCUGCAGGCUCGACUCCAGGUCCACUGGGCGCGGCUGCUGAGACCAACCUUACAGUUUUUCCUGAUCGCCGCCUCCGUGUACACGGGGCUGUCGAGGGUGUCCGAUUACAAACAUCACUGGAGUGACGUGCUGACCGGACUGCUGCAGGGCGCGCUGAUGGCUCUGCUGGUGGUCUUCUAUGUGUCAGACUUUUUCAAGCCUGGUGAGGAAUCUCGUAAAGAAGCGGACACGCUUCAUUCGAACCUGCAAGAGUCGCCCACAAACGGAAACCACUUUGAGAGUCCGAACUAAGCUUGGGGCGCAGCGGGGUCCUCUGCUCCCUCUAGACGCACACCCAGAACUCCAGCUCCGAAGCCUUCCAUCUUCCAUCCAACACGAUGCAUGAACUUUUAGUGUGAACUACCUUAAUAUUAAGCUAAAGGAACUCAAACCACACCAGGCCUGUUUUUAAUUUAUGAUUUUAGAAUAUUUUGUCUUCUGAAAAUGAUGAGACCACCUUCUUCAGCUGUAGAGCCUGAAAAGACGGGAAUUAUUUAGCAUCUGCUGAUCCACUGAGGCAGUAAGACUUGAUCGCAUGCGUACACUUAAAGGGUCUGACCACUGCUGGAAACCUGUGAAUGUAACCUUGCUUAGUGCUUUUCCUCACCUGGAGUCGGCAUGCUCAAGCUGAUUUAGGGUCAGCUUUGUGUCUUCACCCAGUCAUUAGUUUAAACCUUGUGGCCCGAGGGCCAAGAUGGAGGCUCAGUUAAAACAGUUCUCUGAGAUUGCUGACUCCAGGCUGCUGCUGCCUUCCCCUCCAGCUGUCUAACCAAACGUUAAACGAGUCAUUUGACCCGUGCAACGUUUGGUUAAAGAGGUGGAGGGGAGGUCGACUGUUAAACCCCACAUUGCCUUUGCUGGACUGCUGCAGCUUCCUGUGUAUUUAAUGUAAACGAGUAAAUAGACAAUGUGCUUUUUAUAUAAUCUGUAUGUAACCAAAUCACCAUACAGACUUUUAUUAAAACGAUGUUACAAAUAUGUACAAAUGUUUAAAAUAAUGAGAAAUAAAGCCAUUUUACUUCAG